AGUCUCUUUGUGCACUGUUUCCCUACCAAAUAUUUUCCCUUCCUUCUCUUAGUUUGCUCUGUGUAUUCUGUUGUAGAGAAUCCAAUACAAUUCCAAGCCUACCAUUGAAGUGAAAUUCUGUGAGGCUAAGUAAAAUGGGGUUCCAGCCAAUGGAAAAGGGAAAAGCAAAACAUAAGAAGGGGUUAUGGUCACCUGAAGAAGACAACAAGCUCAGAAACCACAUCCUUAAACAUGGUCAUGGCUGUUGGAGUUCUGUCCCCAUUAAGGCAGGCUUGCAAAGGAAUGGAAAGAGCUGUAGAUUAAGGUGGAUUAACUAUCUAAGGCCAGGAUUAAAGAGAGGAAAGUUCAGCAAACAGGAAGAGGAGACAAUCCUCACCCUUCACGACAUGCUAGGCAACAAGUGGUCACAGAUAUCACAGCAUUUGCCAGGAAGGACAGACAAUGAGAUUAAAAACUAUUGGCAUUCAUAUUUGAAAAAGAGAGUGGCCAAAGCUAAGGAAAUGGAAUCUCAUAACCAAAUUAAGUAUGCUAGCUCAAGCUCAGAUACAAUAGACUCUUCAAAUUCUAUCCAAAAACUUGCAACUCAAGGCCAACAGAUCUAUAACUUCACCAAAGAGUCUUGUCAAAGCUCCUUACCAAAACUGUUAUUUGCCGAGUGGCUUUCAUUGGAUCAUGUAAACUCUGCAAAUUCAGUGGAGUCUUUGGGUUUGAGGAAUGGAUUUGAUCAUAAUUCAACUUUUCAAGAAGCUGCAAUUCAUGAUAUGUCAGAGGUGCCCUUUGGUGGAGACUAUAAUAGAUGUGUAAGUAACAUUCCAGCCCCUGAGAUGUUCAAUUCACAGCUAAAGUAUGCAAAUCAAAUGGUGGAAAAUGGUUACAUUCAUUGUAUGCCCGGGUUUGACUUAAGUAGCAAUUUCAGCAUGAGCAAUGAUGCAAUAAUGUACAUAUGAGAGCUAAGUUUCAGGGCUGGUCAGCAAGGAAUAAUAUUAUUUUCUAAUUUUAUACAUACUGAAAACAAUCAAACUUUAGCAAUAUAUAUAAAAUAAUAGUUCCAUUGCAAGUUGUAUGUACUAUACUCCUACCCACUUCAUUGUCGUUGCAUACAUAUAUGUAAUUUCGUUUCAAACUAAGAAGUCAACUUCCGGGGUCU